GAGCAAGUCCGCGUGCUGCCGUUUCGACCAAUCUGGGGACAGCGAGGAACCGUUGGUGUUUGAAUCGUUGUGAAAACAGCGGCAGAUGACAGCAGCGGCAGCUUGUUGAGCUCGCAGAUAUAGUUUAUAAGUUAGAGAGCAAAAUACUUUUCCAAACCAGACAAAGCUCUUUGGACUUUUAUCUUCGACUUCAUCAUCGAGCAAAAAUGUCGAAAAAACAGAUUAUCUAUUCUGACAAGUACAACGACGAGGAGUUCGAGUACAGGUACGUUUAACAUAUAUCAACGUCUCUGAUAGUCAGUUGUAAAUGUUACGUCAAUACUAACAUCUGCUGGUGACUUUAUUUUCAUAUAGUUGACUUAAAAUCGGUAAAAGGCAGUCGAAUAUUUAUCAUUAUGCUGUCUGGUUAUAGAUAGGUUUCGUAGCAAGCGGUACCCAUCGACUGUUAUAAAAAAAAACCUUGUUGGAGAUCUUAACUGUCCACGUUUAGUCUUCAACGAUUCUAUUUGAACGGUGUUAGGAUACCUUAAGUACGUCAAUAUGAUAAAUUGAGGCCUAAGGUUUCGUGUAAAUUUUCUCACUAAUCUGUAAGUCAUUCUUGGGGCUCAUUUUUUGUACUUUACACAGCUUUCUAGGUCCUAAUUGUCCGUACUGACUGUUGUAUUUACGGUUCCUUUCCUGCAGACAUGUCGUGCUUCCAAAGCAGCUGUCGAAGCUCGUGUCCUCCACCCACCUGAUGACAGAGGAAGAGUGGAGAGGACUCGGGGUGCAGCAGAGCCAGGGCUGGAUUCACUACAUGAUUCACACACCGGGUAAGAUAUGGAGGUUAGGUUCACACAAUCGGUCUAGUGUUGUCUGAAUCCUCCCCCUGUGUUAGGGUCUGCUCAAUUUUGAUUUUAAAUGCUUAAAAGAACCACUUAAAUAAGUUUUUUUUGUUUCAAGACUAUUUGACUUUGUCAGGAACUUCUAUUUCAACAAAUUAAAAAACAUAAAUUGACAAAAUUAUAAAAUGCUCUUAUUAAAAUCAUGGCACUGUAGGGUCACUGUUGAUCAAUAUCUAAUACUCAGAGCAAAAACUGAAAUCAUAUGUGCACUGUCAGGCACCGCAUUGACAGUCAGAUCCUCUUCCAAUCAUGUGAGAUUAAGGAAAUUCUCAUUUUGCCUGGUUUUCCCAACAAAAUACAGCCUCAGGCAUGUCCAGAGUGAGAUCAGUUCAGUAUCGAUGUCUGUAUGAGGGUUAUACUGACAAAGAAAGGACCAAAGGACCACAACAAAAGCUAUUAUAAGCAAUAUUUUCAUGGAUAAUGGAGCCUAACAAGGUCACCAAGAGAUGAGAACCGAACUGGAUGAUAGAGAAAUGUUUUUAGUGUAAUUUACAGCUGAUUUAACACGGUGGGUGCCUAGCAAAAGCUAACACAGGAGGAAGGUUAAACACUUGGCCACGAACCCAAACUGUUCAUUGGUAGAGCUAUUGAUUAGGGUUAGACCGAUUUAGCCGAUCAGUGAUUGUUUAAGCCAGUUAGUGGUCUUUUUAAAAUUACUGGCACAGGUUUAUGCCGAGGCUCAGGAGGCUAAUGUGGCCAUCAUCUUUUCUAAAUUAUAACACAGGUUUUCCAUCCCAAAUGACAGCAACUCUACGGUGGCCAAGAACAGCCACUGCUGCAAAAAAAAAGUCACAACGGAAGUUACCGAUGCAAAAAAAAGAAAACGAAGCCGGCUGUAAAUAAAAAAAGAAUCGGUGCAGAUAAAAACGGGAAAAAAGCCACAACAGAAGUUAACGCAAAAAAAAAAAUGGUGAUAGAAAAAAAAGUUACUCACUGUGAAAAUAAAAGGAUGCAAAUUAAAAAAAAGCCACAACGGAAGUGAGCUGCCGGGGGACCAAUAAUGAUGAAGACGAGCUGAGAAGUGAGUGGAAAGGUUAUUGUUUAAUUUUGCUUUGUGUAUCUUUCAUCGUGGCAUUUAGUUAGGCCAUGUAGCACCUGAGUCGAUAAGUUGAACUGAAGCUAACACUACAUCGGUAUCCUCCAGUUCAACUUCAUAUCCACUCAGGCGCUACAUGGCCAAACCAAAUGACACAUUGAAAGGCACACGAAGCGAAAUUAAACAAAAACCUUUCCAAUAACUUCUCUGCUCGUGUUCUUGCCGCUGUUUUCUGUGCCUAGAUCGUAAAACACCAGUGCAUCAUCAUUACUGGUCCCCGGCAGCUCGCUUUUGUUGUGGCUUUUUUUAUUUGCAUCCUUUUAUUUUUGCCGUAAGUAACUUUUUUAUUUUCAUUGACACUUUUCCACUUUUUUUGCAUCGUUAACUGCCAUUGUGGCUUUUUAAAAAUAAUUUUUUUUUGUUUUUAUCCUUUUUAUUUGCAGCAGUGGCAGUUCUCCGCCACCAUACAAAUCAAAUCUCAAACUGUUACUGGACAGUGAUUUUAACUCAAGUGCAUGCUGGUCGAAUAAAAAGAAUAGAGCUGUUCUUUUCAUAAAAUCUAUGCUAAAUGUAACAUACCUAGAAAACCAUGCAUAUUAGAUUGUAAUGUGCUUGGAAUAAUGGACUUACACAUGCCUUUUUCUCUUACCCCCAAAUGUCCUUAGUAUUUUACAGUUUUAAUAACUACAGAUGGCUGCACAGAAAUCCAAAAGAGGCAGUAACUUACUAAACCAGAUAUUCUAUUAUAAUACUGUCCUAUUUCAUCAAAUGCAAAAGACUGCAACAAUGUGAUAUCAGCAUUAUAUAACUGCUACUGACUGAUCUGCUCUCUAAUCAUUGGCUGCUGAAGAACUUCUACUACUGAUAAUUUUAAUCAGUCCAUAAGUUUAGUUUCUUUUUUCUUUCUUUUUCUUUUUAACAUUCACUUCAACUCAAGCAUUAUCUGUGAGAGGUAUUGCAUUUGUCUACAUAUUACAUUGCUACAAAAUCAGCUUUGUCCAACCACAGUGAAGAAGACAGUGAGCCACAACUUCAUUUUCAUAGAACAAGCCAUCCUCCUGUGAGCUGGACAAUCUACAGUGAACGAUUUUCACAAAAGGGAGUGACUCCACGCAGGGGGGACUGUCUACUAACUAAUACUAAAUAUUUACUUCAACCUGGAUGGGUGUCUGGUCAACAAAAUCCCGUCACAACGGUCUCCUGUUGGUUAUACUUUAACAGUUACCUUAAGAAGAAUAUUGUAUAAUUUAGGUUACAUGUAUUACUUUUUAACCACCUGACCUGGGUUAAAAGUAGGUACUCUUUUAACUUUAAUUUGAGUGGAUUUACAGAAAGGUAGUUUUACUUCUACUUAGGCACAACUUUAUCAAGUUUAUCCACCAAUGGCUAAUAUACAAUGCUGUGAUCACAUUGAUAUUUUCUUGUUUUGCUUUUGACAAGUUACAACUACAUAUAAGAAACAAUGUGAAUGAAUCAGUCUUGUGCAGUGGUUAGUGCUGACAGAAACUUCUUCUCUGCUUUUUUCCUCAGAGCCACACAUAUUGCUUUUCAGAAGACCUCUCCCCAAGGAUUGAACUGGAACAUCUGUUAUACACUUGCUAGUAUUUUUGCCGAUUUUGGAUGCUGCAUCUCUCCUGCAACUAUCUAUGAUCUAAUUUACUGUUUUAGUAAACAUUGCUGUAUUGUGUUUAUUGUCCUUUACAUCUUCCUCAAUUUUAAGAGGUUAAUAGAGGCAAACGCCUUUGGUCCGCUGUAAAUGAUAACCUCACAAACUAAAUGAAGGUAAAAGCAAGCCUGUCAAGUGAUUAAUCUAAAAUACUUUCAGUAUUUUUUUUCCUUUGAUGCCAUUUUCUCAUGAUUAAUUUUAUUUUCCUUAAGCUCUUCAUUUUCCGUAGAGGGCUCCUGUGUUCUGAAUGUUUCCUCUUUGUCAAAGUUGCGUUUGUUUAAUGUAUAUAUUAUUUGUAGAUAUUAUACAUUUUUAAAGUGAGUUGUGGUUGAUUCAACCAGCUUUUUGUUACUGAAAGAACAAAAUUAAACAUACUUCUUCACCCUUGC